GAAAGCAGAGCGGGACGAUGUGGAGGCUAGUGAGCUGCGCGCUGUGCGUGUUUCUGGGCUGGCAGCUCGGUUCCGUCUGGGCCGGAACCGCCGCAGCAGCCGAACCGGAGGACCAGGUCCAGAUCCAGGUUCUGUUCCGGCCCGAAGACUGCAGCAGGAAGAGCAAGAAGGGAGACCUGAUCAACGCUCACUACGACGGCUUCCUGGAAAAAGAUGGUUCCCAGUUCUACUGCAGCCGGUCGGACAAGCAGGGUCACCAGUGGUUCGUCCUGGGCGUGGGGCAGGUCAUCAGAGGCCUGGACAUCGGCAUGAUGGACAUGUGCGCCGGGGAGAAGAGGAAGGUGACGGUUCCGUCGGCGCUGGCGUUUGGUCAGACAGGAAAAGGUCCGGUUCCUCCCAACGCCACGGUGGUGUUCGAGGUGGAGGUGCUGUCCGUGUCCAGAGGCCCCCGCAGCAUGGAGGCCUUUGGACAGAUGGAUCUGGACAAGGACAAGAGCCUCACCAAGGCGGAGGUGAAGGAAUAUCUUAAGCUGGAAUACGAAAAGGGCGGGAAGCCGCACGAGCCGUUCUACGAGAAAAUCCUGGCCGACAUCUUCUGGAAGAGCGACAAGGACCAAGACGGGCAGAUCAGCGCCAAGGAGUAUAAUGUAUAUGAACGGGAUGAGCUUUAGCCGCCGUCUGUGAUUCCUUUAGAGGAGAAGAAACAAGAAGAAGUGAAACCGGAUCAGUUGGCCCCUUUUCAUGAGUUAAACCACUUCUGCUCCCAGAUUACAUCCACACUUCUUCUUCUGGCGUUUUUAAAGUUUAUUUAGUGGCACACAAUUCUAAGUAACUGUGAUUUUUAUGGGUUUGGAUCACGUCCAGAAUCUGUCUUUAGAUUAACGGUUCUAGAACAGGAACCAACGUAAGCCUGCUGUAGCACCCGGACCAACCAGGGGCACAGGAAGAACUUUUUAUUUGAAACCACUUCUGAGGCUGGAUCUAUGGAACAUAAACGUGGAACAAAUUAUACAUGUUUAUUUUGAUAAAAUAAAAUUCACACCAAUAUCUGCCUUUUUUAUGAUUAAACCAGAAAUAAUCAAACUCUACAAAAACUAGUUAAGAUAAGAUUAGUAGCAGAAUGGGGGAAUUGUUAAAUUGAGAAAUUUACAGAAUAUUUUGCUUAUGAUACUCAGCUGAUAACCGGAAGUUAACUAUCAAAAUAAAAGCUGGAUCUUGCAAACUUGUAUAUGAACUCCUGCUGAGUUGCUGCCAACUCCAGCUGAAAUAUUCAGACGCUGAGAAGAAAUUAAGAUGCAACAGUCGCGCCGGUAGUUCAGACCCAGCUUUUUUUUUGCACUCCACUUCCGGUUAACAAGUGAAACUGAAUACUCGCUUGAAAUGUUUAGCUUUAUUAAAUUUAUUCAGUUAUCAAGCAAAAUUUCUAGUUUAAAUCUGUGACGUUUAUAAAUUGAUAACAGUGAAAAUGUGACUGAAAAACUUAGCUUUUUUAUUAAAAUAACCCAAAUAAUUACUGUUAAUUUUGAUUAUGUAAUGUUACAAACAGGUUGUUUUAUUAACACAUUAAAUGUUGU